UCUGUCAGAGAAGGCCCUAUCACCUACAUAUUUUCUUUGAGCUAUAGAGAUCUACCCCAUCACUUGAAACCAUGUUUUCUGUACUUGGCUAUUUUUCCGGAAGACUAUGAAUUCCGUGCUAAGAAACUGAUUCAAUUGUGGGCCGCAGAAGGAUUACUGCAUCAGACAUGGGGUCAAACAGUAGAGGAGGUGGGGGAAGACUGUCUAAAAGAGUUGCUUCAUCGAAAUAUGAUUCAACUUGCUAAAAGAAGUUCAAGUGGGGGUAUUAAUAGUUUUCGCAUCCAUGAUUUAAUGCACGAUCUCACCAAGUCAUUGGCUGAGAAAGGAGAUUUUCUCAGCAUCUCUGUCGAGAAUCUCAGCCGUGUAACUAGAUUGCGUCGACUCGCUGUCCAUUUUCACUCCAACCUGGCUGCUAACCCUGGAAUCUCCUCUAUUUCACACCUCCGCUCUUUGUUGUGCUUCCAGAUGGAAAACCAGCUGCUUCCCUUUAGGAAAUUUAAACUGCUACGGGUGCUUGAGUUAGAGGGUGCAUUAAUUACUGAAUGGCCCAAAGGUAUUGAAAAACUCAUUCAGUUGAGGUACUUGGGGUUGAGGGGGACUAGGCUAAAAAGGAUUCCGAGAUCCGCAAGGAACCUUCGGAACCUGCUGACCUUGGAUGUGAAAUUCACCAGCAUCGACAAAUUACCUGAUGCUAUCCGGGAGAUGAAGGAGCUACGACACCUGCAUGCAAAUAGGUAUAUUGUAAAUUCGCAGAUCGUAGAAUCUUUAAUAAACAUCCAAACCUUACCAAUGAUGCAAGCCGAUGCAUGGAUGCAUGAGGGCUUGGGUGAGCUGACCAACCUAAGGAAAUUGGGAAUAUCUGGAGAUUUAAGCUUCUGCAAUAAGGCACUAUCCAGCUUAGUCAAACUCCGAUCGCUGCGAGUGGAAUUCGGUUUGGGGAAUACAAUUCUGGACCUGACGUCGCUUUCCCGCAAUUUGGUCAAGCUGCAUUUGGCAAUGCGCUUAGAGAAGCUCCCGCAGGUGGAUCAACUUCCACAAAACCUGGUGAAACUGUCUUUAAGAUGGUCUCUAUUAGAGGAAGAUCCCUUUCCUACAAUGGAGAGGCUCCAAAACCUUCGGACAUUCAUAUUAGGCCGAGGUUCGUUUGUCGGAAAGAAAAUGGUUUGCUCCAGGGAAGGUUUUCCUAAGCUCGAUUUCUUGAAACUUGAUUUUUUGAACGACUUGGAAGAGUGGAGAGUGGAGGAAGGAGCGCUGCCACGCCUAAACCAUUUGGUCUUUCAGUCCUGCAGACGACUGAAGAUGCUUCCAGAAGGAUUGCAGCACGUGACAACCCUAAGAAUGCUGGAGGUUUCAUUUAUGCCCGAUGAAUUCAAAGCUAGGCUUCAAGAAGACGAGGGGGAGGACUGGCGCAAGAUCCGACACAUAUCCCAGCUCGACAUCAAAUGAAAUGAACAUCCCAAGUGUGGUGAUUUUAUGACAUGGGAGAUGGGCGCGAGGUGACUGGACUGCAGGCUUUGACUCCAUAUUUGUGCAAAUUGAAGUUUAUGUCAUCAUUCCUUUGUGUCUGUGUUUGGGAUGUUGUAUUGUGAGAUGUAUUAGGAUUGAAUAAUGAUUUUCUGUAAUGUGGUUUGUGAGUGUUCCCAAUCGUUUGUGUUUGGGAUGUUUUAUUGUGAUGCAUUUCGAAUUAAUAAUGAUUUUCAU